AAGGAAAUUUCACGUACAUAUAAACUGUUGAAGAAAGAUACCAUAUACAAUGCCAUCCCCCAUCUCCCCCCUGAACAGCUACAAUGCUCCCCCAACCCCAACCCUAUCCACCCAAACAUUUCACAUCGCAGGCAUCCAGACCACAGUCUAUGGUCUCAGCGAGCUUGUCUCCGAUGUCUCCGAGGUAGUCUGCAUCUGGCUGCUACAUCCACGCCUAGAUUCGCAAAAAGACAUGGCUGAAGUAGCCAAGAGAAUUGUUCAUGAUCACUAUCAACGGUAUUCUGACGACCUUACAGCGGGGAAGAAGAGGACGAAGAGGGGCAUGAUAGCUGUGUCAUUUGAUGCAAGGAAUCAUGGGUCAAGAGAAGUCGAUCGGUUGGCGAAUGAGGUUUGGAGAACAGGGAAUGAGAAUCAUGCUUCUGAUAUGUUUUCUGUAUAUUCCGGCACGGCCCAAGACGUAUCAACUUUAAUCGACUUCCUACCAGCAUACAUCUUCCCAACCUCCCAACACUCAAUAACAGCCCACUUCGCCCUAGGAAUCUCCCUAGGCGGGCACACGACCUGGCUCACACUCGUACACGAACCACGCAUCACAACGGGAAUCAUCAUCGUCGGUAUGCCAGACUACAUCUCUCUAAUGACAGAUCGAGCCCGUCUCUCAAAACUAUCUUCCUGGUUCCAACCAUCCAAUGAAGAACCCGGGAGCCAAUUCUUGGGGUCUAGACAUUUCCCAUCUUCGCUUUUGGAAGUUGUGCUCAAACGAGAUCCGGCUGCGUUUCUUAUGGUUUCGAUUCCUGAUGAUUUGCCUGAGGAGGAGUAUGAUGUUCGGGCUGUGGGGGUUAUUAAUCGGUAUUUGGGCCGGAAGAGGAUUCUGUGUUUGUCCGGUGAAGAUGAUAAAUUGGUGCCGUAUCGGUUUACGGAGUCUUUUAUGAAGUGGUUGAUGAGACAUUCGAUUUCUGGUAGUACUGCUGUUAUGGGUGGUGGUAAGGGGCCUGUUAAGAAGGCGGAUGUUUAUUUGGAGGAUACAGUUUAUGAGUGUACGGGUCAUGAAUUCACCGAGGCUAUGAUGAGUGAUGCCCUGCAGUUUAUUCAUAAAUCUGUGUUGGAGCUGGAUGAGAGGAACAAAGCUGAAAUGAAGAGUAAUUUGUAAAUAGCACUGCUAUAACCUUCUACUGA